UCAGUCCGCUCGUCUCCUUCCUUCUCCGCUUCUUCAAAUCGAAGCGAAUCAAAUACGCAUCUGGAUCCGCGCCUCGAAGCUGACUUCCUCUUUCUCUCCCCCACGCAUCUUCUUCCUCCUCCCGGCGAUCCCGCCGCUGCUGCUAUAUCAUCAUCGUCACGCGCGCGCGGCCGCCAGGAGGAGCAGCAGCAGCAUCCCGUUAGCAGCAGCGAUGGCGGCGGUGAAGAAGAACGCUGGGGUGCUCGCGCUCUUCGACGUCGACGGCACCCUCACCGCGCCCCGCAAGGAGGUGACGCCGGAGAUGCUCGAGUUCAUGAGGCUGCUGCGCGAGAAUGUGACCGUGGGCGUGGUGGGUGGAUCCGAUCUGGUCAAGAUUUCCGAGCAGCUCGGCAAAUCAGUUAUUACUGACUAUGAUUAUUGCUUCUCUGAAAACGGUCUCGUUGCGCACAAGGACGGGAAGCUUAUCGGAACGCAAAGCUUGAAAUCGUAUCUUGGAGAUGAUCAGCUAAAGGACUUUAUUAACUUCACUCUUCAUUACAUUGCGGACUUGGAUAUCCCAAUUAAGAGGGGUACAUUCAUAGAGUUCCGGAGUGGAAUGAUCAAUGUGUCGCCUAUAGGCAGGAACUGUAGUCAAGAAGAACGUGAUGAUUUUGAAAAGUAUGACAAGGUGCAUAACAUUCGGCCUAAAAUGGUGUCAAUCCUUCGCGAAAAGUUUGCACACCUGAAUCUGACAUUUUCUAUUGGAGGGCAGAUUAGUUUUGAUGUAUUCCCACAAGGCUGGGACAAAACCUACUGCUUGAGAUAUCUCGAGGAAUUUAAAGAGAUCCAUUUCUUCGGGGACAAAACCUACAAGGGUGGCAAUGACCAUGAGAUAUUUGAAUCCAGCAGAACAGUUGGGCAUACAGUUACCAGCCCCGAUGACACAGUUGAGCAGUGCAGAUCCAUCUUCUUGUCAAAGUGAUCACCAGGUCCUGUUUCGAAAUAAAUAAUGGCUCAGUAGAUCUCCCUUCAAUACAUUUUUGCCUUUUCCCCCUAUUGGAGUUAUUUAUCACCAUUGCUACUCGAAAAACAGAUUGUACUGAUUUGCACGAGGAACAGAUUGUAUGUACCCAUCGGGUGCAAAUAUACGAGAUUUUUUUCCCCUAGUUACACUUUGUUUGUGGUAACAAUGUUGGUGAAGAAUAAUUACAGAAGUUUGACUGCACAGUAA